UACUUCUACCAUUAAGUUGACUCCCUCUCUAAGUAUAAAAUCCUCGAUCAGAUCCUCCAAGUGUUCAUAAGCUUUGAAUCUGGUUUUCAAGUCUUACUGCAAGUGAACCAUUGAAUUACUUUAUACUCCAAUUCAUUUGACUAUACUAUAACAGACUACUCAAAUACUUAUUAAAUGAAAAUGUGCGAAAAGAUCGGCGAAAACGAAAUCUUCUCCGCAAUGAAUAACAAGACCUCUUCGUUGGUCUCCAAAGAGAUUGAAUUCUGUCAGACAUAUGAGCGCCGAAUGACUGAAUACAUGCAAUCCGUGCCACACAUUCCUCCGACACUUUUUGAGCUCAAACUCAGACACAAUGCCAUCAAAUCAGAAGUGGUGAAGCAGUUC